AUGGCCAAGGUUAUGCGGAGUUCUCAGGGGCAGGAUCGUCCCACUGCUAAGCUGGGAGAUUCUAUUGAGAAGUUCACUCGCUUGAAGCCUCCUACCUUCAUGGGAAACAAGAUCACAAAUAUUGAUGAUAAAUAUACUUUACUAGAUAAACGUCUUGACAAAAUCGAGCAACGUGUCACACAAAAUGACACUGAUUCAGAUAAAGAAAGUAAUGAAAAUGAUGAUGAAGAAUCUCAGACACAAUCAGAUGACGACUCUGCAAAAGAAGAAGAAGAAGAAGACGAAGAAGAAGAAGGAUCACAACAAUCUAAAGGAAAAGGAAUUGCUGAAGAUAGUGACACAACUUCUGAUACUUGA